UCCCAGCUUGGAGGUAGAUUCGCCUUUGAACCUUGAUGCCAUUUGGGACGCGCGCAGGGUGAUUCCAGAAUCCGAGAAAGGUCACAUCACAUGGCGCUCCUCCCCUGUUCCCGAAUCCUGAGGGCUGCUCAACGCGUUUCUCGCCGCUUCCUCCUCUUCUCGCGGACCCGGCGACUCCUUCCGCUGAUUCUCCUCUCGCUUCACUCUCUGUCGGCAAUCCCGAGGGUCGCCUGUAGCGGCCCUUUUCGCCUCUCAGCUUCAGCCGUUGAUGAUGGUCCCUCUCGCGCCACUAGAGCCCCAUCUUCCAAUCCUGGCCGUUCGGAGUUCCGUUCAACUUCAGCCGUGGAUGCUGAUCCUUCUCGCGUGUGCCGCGAGCUGGUGGAGCCGCACGGAUUCACGUGCGAGGAUCACCGUGUGGUAACGCGGGACGGUUUCAUCCUGGGGCUCCAGCGAGUGGCCAGUCGCCAGGUGGACGCUAGGGGAGGCAGUCCUGGUGCAGGUAGCACGAGCAGCAGUGCUGCCAGCAACAACAGGACCCGCAGUACUAAUAGCAGUGGAGGUAGCAGCAACAGCAGCAGCAGCAGCAGCAGCAGCAGCAGCAGGAGCAGCAGCAGCAGCAGCAGCAGCAGCGGUGAGAUUGGCAGCAAGAGCAGCAGCUCUCGUGGACCAGUGCUGCUUCAGCAUGGGCUGUUCCUGGGAGCAGAGAGCUGGGUUGUGGGCCCUCCAGGCCUCUCCCUGCCAUUCCUGCUCGUCAGGCUCGGGUUCGAGGUGUGGCUCGGCAACAGCAGGUGCGGGCCCUGGAGCUACGGGCACGUGACCUGGGAGCCCAAGGAUAAGCGGUACUGGGAGUGGACGUGGGCGGACAUGGCGGCCAACGACCUGCCAGCGCAGAUAGACUACAUCCUCUCAGCCUCUCGCACAGGGGCGAGGCAGGUGUUCUACGUGGGGCACUCUCAGGGCGCGCUUUCCUUCCUCUCCUCCCUCUCUGGGGGGCACCUUCCCCCCUCCACUGUCGCUGCUGCCUUCCUCCUCGCCCCGGUCACCUCCCUCGCGCACCUCUCCUCUCCUGUCGCCCACGAAGCAGCCAAGCUCGACCUUGACAGGUUUGUGAGAGCAACUCACCUCCACGAGUUUAGCCUACGCAAUGCAUUGGGCGAGCUGGUAGUGGCCACGGCUUGUGCUUCUCCUCGCAUCAACUGCUCCUCGCUGCUCUCUGCAUUCACAGGGCCCAACUGCUGCAUCGACAUCCGCUAUUUCGCCAAGCUGGUGCCCUGGUUCCCUCUUGCGUCCUCUGUCAAGAACAUGGCACAUUUCGGACAGAUGGUUCGCUCUGGUGAGUGGAAGCAGUUUGACUAUGGCUUCCUCAAGAACUGGCUGCGUUACCACCAAAGCACACCGCCCUUCUUCCGCCCGUCAGCCUUCCCCUCUACUAUACGACUCGCUAUUGCCUAUGGUGGUAGGGACUCCCUUGCGGCCCCUGCUGAUGUGGAAUGGUUCAUAUCCAAACUGGCACAACGACCGAAGGUGAUGUACAUGCCGAAUUAUGCACAUCUAGACUUUUUGUUCGCCUCUUUUGUCGUUGAGGAUGUUUACACUCAGAUAGUGCGAUUCUUUACUGACUAUGGGCUGGACCGAGCAUAUGAAUGAAGCACUUUGCCGUGGGAGACUUUUGUGUGCCAUCUGUUUGAAACAUUA